AGGAGUGAAAAAAAUUAAUACAUUUUUCUAUUGAACUACACCAUUCUGUUAUUUCCUUCUAUUCAUUGGAAUUGUUCUUAGAAUAAUGGCACAAUUCUUGUCUUCAGUGUACACUGAGUCUCUAAAAAUUCACAACCCAUCAUUGAAUUUUUGCUCAAAAUCAUCAUGGAGGAAUCUUGCAAAGUCUACAAAACCUUGUACUUUAGACAUGCAAAGUGGUAAGAGAAAAUUGUGUGGUAGGUUAAGAGUUGCUGCUGAGGAUUCAGUUUCUCCCAUUGAUACUACUGCAGAUGAUUAUUAUGAAGUUCUUGGUCUGCUUCCAGAUGCUACACCAGAGGAGAUCAAGAAGGCAUACUAUGAUUGCAUGAAAGCUUGUCACCCAGAUUUGAGUGGCAAUGAUCCCAAGACUACUAAUUUCUGCAUGUUCAUCAAUGAAGUUUAUGCAGUGCUCAGUGAUCCGAUUCAGCGGAAGGUUUAUGAUGAAAUUCAUGGAUAUUCUUUAACUUCAAUCAAUCCUUUCAUGGAUGAUUCUAGCCCAAAGGAUCAUGUUUUUGUUGACGAGUUCACUUGCAUAGGCUGCAAAAAUUGUGCCAAUGUAGCAUGCGAUGUGUUUGCAAUAGAGGAAGACUUCGGAAGAGCUAGAGUAUUCAAUCAGCGCGGAAACCCUGAGUUAGUUCAACAGGCAAUUGACAGUUGCCCUGUUGACUGCAUUCAUUGGACAUCUGCUGCACAACUAUCAUUACUCGAAGAUGAAAUGCGUCGUAUAGAAAGAGUAAACGUUGCCCUAAUGCUUUCAGGAAUGGGAUCAGCUUCAUUCAAUGUUUUCAGAAUGGCGAGUUCCCGAUGGGAAAAGAGACAGUCAAAAGUCUUGGAACAAGCAAAAUUUAGAAUGAUGAGGCAGGAAAGUUAUGAUACAACAGAUUCUUUCUGGAACAAACUUUGGGGUGGUGAACCAAAAGACUAUCAAAAUUCAGAAGAUGAAGUUAAAGAAAGAGCAAAAAGAGCCGCUGCAGCGGCAUGGCGUUGGAGGGAAUACUCAAGGAAGGGUGUUGAUAAGCCUCCAAGAUUUAAACUUCCAGAGGCAGGCCUUAACAAGGACAAGUGACCAAAACUUUCCCUAAACCUUCUAUAGCAUUAAGUCUUAUGUAAUUAAUAGUGAAACUAAUGAGAUAAUUCUCACUCAACAAGUCAUAGUUGUACUUUGUACAUACUCAUAGAUGAAUUACAGUGAUUCAAGGAAAAUUUAAACAAAAGUAGUUUGUAAUUAUGUUCCUAUGUGGUAAAUUCUUUGGAAAAUUGCAAAGAAUCUUUGGUAAAAAUAUCACACAAAGAUUAUUUAUCAAGACAAAGUGAUUGAGAAGCCUAGGAGGAGUUUGUUCAACCCAAACACAAUCUGAUGGACCACU